AUGCUGGGUCACCGCAGUGCAUCAGUUCCUGAGGAUUCUGUUGACAUGAGCCAGGCGACGCCAGGCGCUAGUCAGCCUGAGAAACCACACAAAGGUAGCAAUGGCAAUGAAUAUCCUGAUAGUGAUCGGGAUUUAUACUGGAUGAUAAAAGAGAUGACUUUUAUUUCUGAAGCAGCAGCAUAUUCUUUCUACAACAGAUAUGCUAAAGAUUAUGGGUUCAGCGUCCGGCUUGACCAGGUUAAGCGGUUUGAUGAUGGAGUAAUUCGGUUAAGGCGUUUUGUGUGUUCCAGACAGGGCAGACGUCCCAAAAACCAACUGACCACGGAAGGCCGUGUAUAUAGGCACAGACCUGAGUCUCGCUGCGGCUGCAAGGCACGUUUGGUGGUCAAGUUUGAUGGAAGAACUGGUUUCUGGGUUGUUGAAGAUUUUCGUGACAAACAUAACCAUGACCCAGCUGAACCAUGUCAGACUCCGUUUCUUCGGUCCCAUAGGACGAUCAACGACGCGCAGAGAUCUGAGAUAUUAUCAAUGGGAUCCAUGGGAAUCAGGAAGCACCUCAUUAUGAGAAAAUUCAUUGCAGGCUCCGGUUCAUUUGCUGGUGUUGGAUUCACAAGAAAGGAUUUGUACAACAUGUGCUCUAGGGAGAGGAGGAGGCUGCUUUUCGACGGUGAUGCUACCACAGCCAUCCGCAUUAUGUCAAAGAGGAAAAAGAGGGACCCUGAAUUUUUCUUUGAAUAUGACGUUGAUGAAAAAGGCCGUCUGAAGCACAUGUUCUGGUGUGAUUCCCAGUCACGUAGGGAUUACCAGGACUACGGAGAUGUGCUGGUGUUUGAUAGCACAUACAAGAUGAAUAAAUAUAAGAUGCCAUUUGUUCCUUUUGUGGGCUUGAACAACCACCGUAGGACAACGGUUUUUGGGUGUGCCAUCCUUUCAAGUGAGAAUGAACAAACAUAUGUUUGGCUUCUAAAGACUUUCCUCAAAGCGAUGUGUCAACAGAAGCCAAAGGCAGUAAUCACGGAUGCAGAUGCCGCGAUGAUCGCCGCAAUCGGCGAAGUAUUUUCUGGUGUGCCGCAUCGCAUCUGCAGCUUCCACAUUGAAAAAAAUAUGGAGAUGCAUCUACCUAACAAGUCACUGAACGAGUUCAGGACUCUUUUGUAUUACACCACCUCAGAGCAAGUAUUUGAGGAGCGAUGGCAUGCAUUUUACAGAAAAUGGCAAUCCCCAAAAACCAGAACAUGGAUGAAGAGGAUGUACACCAAGAGGAAACUUUGGGCUGCAGUGUAUCUCUCUCAAGGAUUCUGGCUGGGUAUGAAAAGUAACCAGCGGAGUGAAAGUUUAAACUCUUAUCUGCACCUGCACCUAGAUGGGGAAAUGACAAUUGUUGAUAUGAUUAUGCACUACGACAACGCAAUUGUCCGUCUCCGUGAGAACGAAGCCCACGACGACUGCACGGCUUCACAGACUACACCAGUGGCAAUUACUAAUUUCAGAGAACUAGAGGUUGCUGCUGCAAAAAUCUUCACUCCUGCAGUGUUCUAUAUUAUUCAAGGUGAGCUUUCAAAGAAUGGCGGCAUAGAGAUCUUAGAAAAAAUGCAGGCAGGAGACUCAAACAUCUUCAUUGUGGCAUGGAGGAAUAAUGUAAGGACCAGGUUCUACGUGGAAUAUAGACCCAAGGAGGCAGAAAUUAUAAGGUGCAGCUGUCAAAGGAUGAUUAGAAAGGGGAUCCCUUGCAAGCACAUACUGCAUGUGCUGCAUUUCUUGAAAUUUACUGAAAUUCCACAAUGUUGUGCUCUACGACGAUUCACAAAAAAUGCCAGGUUAGGGCUGCCAGCUAAACGCACCAGCGACAUGUUUGGGUGGGGUUGGUCUGGGGCAGAGGAGCGGAUGAAAUACAGCAGGAUGAAUAUUAAGGUAUCACAGGCUAUGCAUAUUGCAUUAAACAAUUCAGAGGAAUAUGAUCUGCUGAACAGUACCAUUGAUGGCAUAAUUUCUAGAAGAGAGGGGUAUGCUAAAGGUAAACCAUAUGGUCCCCUCAGGUCGGUGCAUGAAAAUGAAGAUGCUAGUGGACCAUGCGAUAUUGUUGUUGGUGAUCCUUUGAAAGUGUCCACUAAGGGUGCACCUAGGCAAGAAGCGCAGAAAUCUCCAAUGACUAAAAAUGGAAGACCACUAGGACACAAGGAACGCAGGGUGCAGGUGUGCGGGGCAUGCCAAGGAGAAGGGCAUAACAGAAGAAACCCAAUAUGCAUAUUUCAUCCGAAGAAUGUGCUGCAGCAGGAAGGGUAG